CCACCAAGGGUUUAUUCAGCAUUGGCUUCGUCCUGCCAAAAAGCCCGAAACUCAGCCGAGAGGACGGCGGUUUGAGAGCUGCCGUGGCUCCGGCGAUCCCAUUGUAAACGAGUUAAUUCCUGCGCCGACAAGAUGCCUAAGUCAAAGCGCAACCGUCCUGUGACUCUUUCAAAAACCAAGAAGAAGGGGAGAGAACACAAGGAAGUAAUCGUGAAUUCCAUAAGACAAGCUCUGGAGGAUUAUAGCUACGCUUACGUCUUCAGCUUUGAGAAUAUGAGGAAUCAGAAGUUGAAGGAGCUCAGGGAACAGCUCAAGCCAAGUAGCAGAUUUUUUCUUGGAUCCAACAAAGUCAUGCAAGUUUCUUUGGGCCGCUCAGCAGCUGAUGAGGUUAAGCCUGGCAUUCACAAGCUUGCCAAGUUCCUCCAUGGUGAUUCUGGACUGUUUUUUACUAAGCUUCCAAAGGAGGAGGUUGAGAGGUUGUUUAAACAAUUUGAAGAGCAUGACUUUUCUAGGGCAGGCAGCAUUGCAACUGAAAAGGUUUUAUUUUAUGAUUAAUUUAGUUUCAAAUUGCUCUCUUUUUCAUUGGGAUUUGAUUUAGCAACUUUUUGCAAGUCAUGAUCUACAUAAUCC